AUGAGCUUACUGAAUCUCUGGACAGUCGGCCUCGCACCGAGAGUACUGGGUGUGUUGUUUGCGGCCGUUUUGGCCUCAGCUGUCUACCUGCGCUCUCGUGGAAGGGUGCACAAGGUCUAUCCGCCAGGCCCACCAAGACGGUGGAUUGUCGGGAACCUCUUGGAUAUACCAUCCUCAGUCGACCUCACUCGAUUCAAGCUGUGGAAAGACACAUACGGGGAUGUCGUGUACUUGAACGCUCUCGGCUACUCCAUCUUGGUUCUGAACACGGCACGAGCGAUCAACGACCUGCUGGCGAAAAGGGGAGAGAACUACUCCCACCGUCCUAUCUUCGUUAUGUCUGGUGAGCUCAUGGGCUUGAACAAGUGCAUGGCUCUCGUCGAUUAUAACGCCAGAUACAAGCGCCUCCGUACACUAACUCAUCGUGCUCUCAAUCCUGAUGCUAUCAAGAAGUAUUAUCCGAUACAAGAGGAGCUUACGCUUUCUUACAUGCAAAGCUUGGUGUCUAAACCAGAUGAGUUCUUAGUCAAUCUACGAUUGACUCUCGGUCGUGUUAUCCUGGCUGUCACCUAUGGGAUGACGGUGGAAACUGCCGAUUCCGAGUAUAUCGCAGAAGCUGAAGACACGCUCAACACGAUCGGCAAAGCAACACUACCAGGAGCAUAUCUUGUGGAUUUGAUACCCGCAUUGAAGUUUAUUCCGCCCUGGCUUCCGUUUACCUCUUUCCUUCGAGAAGCGGAAGCUGGCCGCCGUCAAAUUUACGACUUCGUAACCCGUCCGUUCGAGUACGUCAAGCGACAUAUGGAUAAUUCUCCUCCCCCGUCCUUCGUUGCAGAUCUGUUGGCGGAGCGUGAUCUGUAUCACGAUAUGGAAGACCUGGAAGACAUAGAGGAUGGUAUUAAAUGGGUUGCUGGAACGAUGUAUGGAGGUGGUAUGGAAUCUAGUUUUGCUACGGUCUCUACUUUCUACCUGUUGAUGGCUCGUCACCCCGACAAGCAGAAGCGAGCGCAGCAGGAGAUCGAUAGCUUAUUGGAGGGGCGACGGCUGCCCAAGAUCAGCGACAGGGAGAGCUUGCCUUACGUCCGAGCACUCAUACAAGAAGUCAUGCGGUGGCAUGUUGUGGUUCCACUCGGGAUUGCUCGUCGAACUGUGUCUGAUGACCACUAUAAAGUAGGGUAUUAUAUUCCGGCGGAUACGGUAGUCGUACCCAACAUAUGGGCAUUAGCUCAUGCGGACGAUGAGGAGGAUCAUACAGCAUUCCUACCGGAGCGGUUCUUACGCACAGAUCUGCCUACAGAUCCAAGCGAGUAUGUCUUUGGCUUCGGUAGAAGGAUUUGUCCGGGGCGAUAUCUGGCCGACAAUUCCCUCUUUCUUUUGAUCUCUAACACCCUCGCCUUAUUCGACAUUCUCCCGCCCAGCGGUGCAUCGGAGCAAUCAGCACUCUCCAGCGUUGUCACGCCAGAGAAAUUUCGGUGUGACAUUCGACCACGCUCAGAGGCAUGCGUAGAGCUAAUUGAGGAAGCACUUGCUGGUGACCCUCUUCGCACGGGCUUAUUACCCGCAUGA